AUGGCCCGAAUUCAGGCUCUCGUGCUGAUAUUUGCGAGUCUUUUGGCUCUUGUUUCAGCAAGCUCUGCUCCAACCUUUUGCAAGUGCACAUGCUUUAAGAACAGCACAAUCAUCCCGUUGGGGCCCAAGGGAGAGUCAUCAGGCUCUCCGUCGAAUUCUUUCCUCAGUCUUUCCUUCUUUUCAGAGUCGAAUCAGCCCAGUGCUGCUUCAGACGAAUCAACCGACGAUCAAGGUCUGAGCCGACGGUCAUUGUCAACCUCAUGUUCGGAAUGUACCAAGUCGUUUUGCCUCAGCCAGGGAAUCGAUUUCUGCAAAGAGGCAAAGGAGGAGAAUGUUGUUACUAUGUGCUUCCAGCGAGACAGUAACAAGGACAAGAUCAUUGUCUGGGGUUUCAUCCUCGGAACAGUUGGCCUUCUUGGAUGGGCUGCUUUCAAGCGGGUCGUCGAAGUACGUGGCAAGAGGGCUAUGUCCCGACAAGACAUAAGCUAUGCGCCAGUGAGCGACGAGCGGCGAUAG